CGCGCAGCCAGGCCACUCUGGCCCGCCCGCCUCGCUGGUAUGGCUGCGUGGGCGGGGCCGGAAGUAUGCGGCCGAGCACCGGAAGUGUGGGGCGGGCGCGGGGACCGAGCGAAGGGUUGAGGACUUGGUCAGGGUCGGGGUUGGGGUCGGGUUCUGGGUCGGGUUGCGGCUCUGGGCCGCAGCCAUGAGGCGGGACGUGCGCAUCCUGCUACUGGGCGAGGCCCAGGUGGGGAAGACGUCGCUGAUCCUGUCGCUGGUGGGCGAGGAGUUCCCCGAGGAGGUCCCUUCCCGCGCGGAGGAGAUCACGAUCCCCGCGGACGUCACCCCGGAGAAGGUGCCCACCCACAUCGUGGACUACUCAGAAGCCGAGCAGUCGGACGAGGAGCUGCGCGAGGAGAUCCACAAGGCAAACGUGGUGUGCGUGGUGUAUGAUGUCUCUGAGGAGGCCACUAUCGAGAAGAUUCGAACUAAAUGGAUUCCGCUGGUGAAUGGGGGGACCACGAGGGGGCCCAGGGUGCCCAUCAUCCUAGUGGGCAACAAGUCAGACCUGCGGUCGGGGAGCUCCAUGGAGGCCGUGCUCCCCAUCAUGAGCCAGUUUCCCGAGAUAGAGACCUGUGUGGAGUGUUCUGCCAAGAACCUGAGGAACAUCUCCGAGCUGUUUUACUACGCCCAGAAGGCGGUCCUGCACCCCACAGCCCCACUCUACGAUCCUGAGGCCAAGCAGUUGAGGCCCGCGUGCACCCAGGCUCUGACGCGCAUCUUCAGGCUCUCAGAUCAGGACCUGGACCAGGCACUCAGUGACGAGGAGCUCAACGCCUUCCAGAAAUCCUGCUUCGGGCACCCCUUGGCUCCGCAGGCCCUGGAGGACGUGAAGAUGGUGGUGUGCAAGAAUGUGGCUGGCGGCGUGUGGGAAGGCCGGCUGACCCUGGAUGGUGAGGCCGGGUGCUUGCUGUGGCUGGGGGGUGUGGGGAGGGGGCUGCGCCUGGUGCUCCCACUGCUCUGUCUCGGUACAGGCUUCCUUUUCCUGAACACGCUAUUCAUCCAGCGUGGCCGGCAUGAGACCACGUGGACCAUCCUCAGGCGCUUCGGCUACAGUGACGCCCUGGAGCUGACAGCCGACUACCUGUUUCCUCCGCUGCACGUGCCCCCUGGCUGUAGCACAGAGCUCAACCACCUCGGGUACCAGUUUGUGCAGAGGGUGUUUGAGAAGCACGACCAGGACCAUGACGGCGCCCUCUCGCCAGUGGAGCUGCAGAGCCUCUUCAGUGUGUUCCCGGCGGCCCCCUGGGGCCCCGAGCUUCCGCGCAUGGUCCGCACGGAGGCCGACCGGCUGCCCCUACACGGAUACCUCUGCCAGUGGACUCUGGUGACCUACCUGGACGUCCGGAGCUGCCUCGGGCACCUGGGCUACCUGGGCUACCCCACCCUCUGUGAGCAGGACUCCCAGACCCGCGCCAUCACAGUCACCCGUGAGAAGAGACUGGACCAGGAGAAGGGACAGACGCAGCGGAGCGUCCUUCUAUGCAAGGUGGUAGGGGCCCGCGGAGUGGGCAAGUCCGCCUUCCUGCAGGCCUUCCUCGGCCGCAGCCUGGGGCACCAGGACACCAGGGAGGAGCCUCCCGGCUACGCCGUCGACACGGUGCGGGUCAACGGGCAGGAGAAGUACCUGAUUCUAUGUGAGGUGGGCCCAGAGGGCCUGCUGGCCACGUCGCUGGACGCCGCCUGUGAUGUUGCCUGCUUGAUGUUUGAUGGUAGUGACCCAGAGUCCUUUGCACACUGUGCCAGCGUCUACAAGCGCCAUUACAUGGACGGGCAGACGCCCUGCCUCUUCGUCUCCUCCAAGGCAGACCUGCCCGAAGGUGUCCUGCCGGCUGGUCUGUCGCCAGCCGAGUUCUGCCGCAAGCACCGGCUGCCUGCUCCGGUGCCAUUCUCUUGUGCUGGCCCAGCCGAGCCCAGCGCCGCCAUCUUCACCCAGCUCGCCACCAUGGCCGCCUUCCCACACUUGGUCUACGCAGAGCCGCGUCCCUCCUCCUUCUGGCUCCGGGGGCUGCUAGGGGUUGUCGGGGCCGCCAUGGCUGCAGUCCUCAGCUUCUCGCUCUACAGGGUCCUGGUGAAGAGCCAGUGAGGGCCCUGGUACCCAAGUCCCUCUCAACCUGGGCCUGGCUCUGCCGGGGCAGCACCGCUGGGUGCAGGCCAGGCCGCCAUGCUGGGAACACCCUUCUGCUGCCUUUCUGCUUCUGAAGGCAGGUCUGUCUGUCUGCAGCGGGGCCUCGUGCGGCCACGCACUGCCCUGGCUCCUCUCCGACCCCCAAGGCUCCGCUGGGCUGUUGGAGCCUUGGCGGCUGAGCAGGAGUCCCGAGUGCCGGCCACACUGUCGCGCACUGCCCACCUCGGCAGGACGUGUAUUGGGCUGGGGAGCACGGGUGUGGAAGCCAGUGACCCCAGACCCAGAAUUCUCAGGGCUCUACCCGCUUUUCUGGUCCUGGGUGGCCAGUGGAUAUGAGGAGGGCUGGGAGGCGGAGCUCCGGGUGGGGGUUUCCACUCCCUUGAAUUUGGAGCCACGGCAGAGGACAGGAGGUUGGGCUUCCCAAUUAAACUUCACUGUGUCUUUUCCAUCUCUCGGA